CCUGCUAUUUCCCUGGAUGGGCGAGUCCCAACAGCAGGCAGACAGGUGAGGCUGACCCGACAGGUUCCAGAAGCCAGGGGCAAUGGGGCGGAGCAUGGCUCUGACUUAGAGUGACAACAGGCUGCGGGCCCUGCCACACACACAGCAGGCCGGCAGGAGGCUGUUCUGCUGGAAUCUUCUUCCUGCUGCCGGCAGCCCAGGGUGCAAGACCAUGGAGCCUGCUGGAGGGUGAGGGGAGCCGGUGGGCAGGCAUAUUCAGAGGCCCAGGGCCUGGGGGUCUGGGUGCUGAGGGCAUGGCGGGGCCCCUGCGGGGCCGAGUGGAGGAGCUGAAGCGGCCCUGGUGGCGGGAGAGCUCACCCCUGGUGCUGCAGCACAGCGAGGCGGCCCGGCUGGCGGCCGAUGCCCUCCUGGAACGGGGCGAAGCUGCCUACCUGCGGGUCAUCUCCGAGGAGCGGGAGCUGCCCUUCCUGAGUGCUCUGGACAUGGACUACAUGACCAGCCAUGUGCGUGGGGGCCCAGAGCUCAGCGAGGCUCAGGGACCAGAGGCCUCGGGGCCUGACCACCUCAGCCUGCUCUCCGAAGUCACCUCGGGCACUUACUUCCCCAUGGCGUCCGACACAGACCCCCCAGACCUGGACUUGGGCUGGCCUGAGGUUCCACAGGCCACAGGCUUUAGCCCCACCCAGGCUGUGGUCCACUUCCAGCGGGACAAGGCCAAGAGCAUCAAGGACCUUCUGCGUUUCCUCUUCAGCCAGGCCCGCACGGUGAUAGCUGUGGUGAUGGACAUAUUCACUGAUAUGGAACUUCUCUGUGACCUCAUGGAGGCCUCAAGCCGGCGUGGCGUCCCCGUCUACCUGCUCCUGGGUCAGGAGCACCUGAGGCACUUCCUGGAGAUGUGCUACAAGAUGGACCUCAAUGGAGGGCACCUGCCGAACAUGCGUGUGCGGAGCACGUGUGGGGACACAUACUGCAGCAAGGCAGGCCGCCGCUUCACAGGACAGACCCUGGAGAAGUUCAUCAUCAUUGACUGUGAGCAGGUGGUGGCGGGCAGCUACAGCUUCACCUGGCUUUGCAGUCAGGCCCACACUAGCAUGGUGCUACAGCUGAGGGGCCGCAUCGUGGAAGACUUUGACCGGGAGUUCCGCUGUCUUUAUGCCGAGUCAAGGCCCGUGGAGGGCUUCUGUGGAGGCGAAGAUGCCCUGUCUCCCAGGGCACCGUGCCCUCGCCCAGUGGCCCUGGCCUUCAGGCCUGGCAUUCCCAGCACAUCCUCAUCGCCCUCCAGCACCAGCCUCAGUAGCAUCAAGCGCUCCCCUCACGUAGGCCACUCCUCCUUUCUCGCUCUGCCAGGAGGCGGUGGCAGCAGUGACACGGGUAUGGGAUCCUCAUCCCUGGGCCCUGCCCACUGUGAGGCCAAUGGCCAGCCAGCCCUGCAACGCCAGCUGUCAGACCCUAACCAUGGCCCCCUCCUAGGGCCCUACAGGGCCAACCUGGGCAAGCUGGGGGCGUUCCCAUGGUCCCAGUCCUCCCCUGCCCUCAACCAUGAUAGCACUAGCCCUGUGACUCUGGCAGGGGGGUCACCUCUGCUUGUUCGCCCUCGUCCCCUCCUCCUGUUUCCCCGGGCUGUCCCACCUCUGUCCCGACUCCCAGAGAACGGGGUCCCAGGUAGCCAGGAACCUAGCGCCCCACGAGGCCGCUGGGUACCAGGCUCAGCCCUGGAGGCAGUAGAGGAGAAUAAGGUGUCUCUGAGUCAGAGCCAUGGCCAGCUGGAUCUUCUCGUCCCCUUCUCCAGAGGACGAGAGGCAGGAGGCCCUGAUUUGGGGGCGACCCCCAACUCAGGUUACCUGUGUCCUGGUGAGCAGGUCCUAGAGGACAGGCGGUUGGCCCCAAAUCAGAGAUACAACCAGCUGGAUCUCCUGCCCCAGGCCCAGGGUGCUGGGGGUGUCCCUGAGUCAGGUGACCCCCGACCUGGCCAUCAGACCUCAGAGGACAAGAGACUGUCCCCAAACCACAGCCAUGGCCAAUUGGACCUCCUGGUACAGUCCUCCAAGGCUGGGGACUCCAGAGUAACCCCAGAAGCCAACUCCUCAGCCAGGACGGGCAAGCAGGGUCCAGACGAGCGACGACAGACCCUGGGCCACAGCCACCUGGACCUCAUCACAAAGUUUGGCCCAUUCCGGGGCGAGGGUCCUGGGCCCAAUGAUGUCCCCAGGCCAAGCCCUGCUCGAAAGGCUGGAGUGGACUCUGGGGAUGAGAAGCGGCUGACUCUGGGCCACAGCAAGCUGGACCUCAUCACCAAGUAUCAUCAGUUGCAGGGCACCAGGCAGGGACCUGAGCCUGGCCUCCUCGGGGGCCCCACAGGUGGCCAUCACAACGGCAAUAGCAACGGCCUGUCUGAGAAUGAGAAACGGUUGACCCUGGGCCACAGCAAACUGGACCUCAUCACUAAGUACAACAAGUCCAAGUUCAAGCUGCUCCGAAGCCGCUUUGAGUCCUAGUCCUGCUCCUAGAAAGGACCUAACUGUCCUCCAUCUACUGAAACUCUAGUUUUACUCAGGUCCCAGAAUCUUGGGUAGGAGCUUGGGCAGGGGCUGUAUGGGGAGGAGAGGGAAUCUAGAAGCCCAGGUUAGCUAUUCCCUCAGCUCAGGAUUCUUGCCCACACGCACAUGCACACACACAGGGAAAUGGAAGCCACAGUUACUUGGUACCUGCCAUUUGUCACUAUGCUGGGCACAUCACAUCAUUACAUCUUAUCCUUCAUCCUCACAACACCCGACAAGAUAGACAUCUAGUAGUUAUACAAUUCUAGGAUCAUACAUAUUAUCUUCCCUAUAUUAUAAAUAAAUAUGGAGGCUGAGACCCAGCCAGUUUGAUGACUUACUUGGAAUCAGGUCCAGGUAAGUGGCAGGGGCUCAAACCUGUGUCUCUGACACUUAAUUUCUUAUGAUUGUGUUUCUGCAGAGACAGGACACACAAUAUCAACAGUUCACAUGUCCCCAUGCACCUGAAAUCCAUAUACCAUAGAGAUACCUCCAAAUGCCUGCACAAUAUACACAGCACACUGACAGGAUGCACAGCCACAAACUGCACACCCACCAAUGCAGUCCCUGUAACAAACCAAAACACUCAGGAUUCUAGUUAUAGGUACUCAAUAAAUGUCAUUUGGCUAAAUAAAUGGCUAUAUUCCGUGCACACCAUAGAUCAUUCGGGAUCCGUCGACCAUAAAUAUGCACAUAACUACACACACAAACACACACAAAUAUGCACAUAACCACACACACAAACAAGCGUGCAUGUACCAACCAGUGUCUCUUUGUAAGCUGUGUAUCCAGUCCUAUGCUGACAUACCAUAAGGCUGACAAAAGCAUCAGAUUCAGUCCCUGGGAGACAAGGAUUAAAUGCAUAAACCAUUGGUGAGCAAGACAGAGCUGUAACUAAUUAAAAGCUAACCAGUGACAGAAGGUGGUAGAGAAAGGAGGGCAAAGAGUAGUGGUGAUGAUGGAAUGGUGAGAAAGUUUCUUAGAAGAGGCAGCUUUUGAGCCAAGCCUUGCAGGGUGGGAAGAAUUUGGACAGAUGGAGGUGAGGGUUAGCAGAACUCCUGGUAGAAGUAACCAGGUGAAGAGAGGCCUGGGAGAGGACUGAGGGAGUGGGUCUGAGAUGAACUGGGGAGGAUGGGGAGGUCGUGGAUACUCAGAGUCUGACACACACACACAUACACACCAUUUUGCUGAGUGUCCCUAGAAAUAUAAGCUCCCUCAGAGAGGGUCCUUUUCCUGAGCUUGCCACCUACCGGGGACUGUAUAUGUGAUACAAAUCAAUAAAAGUGGACAUGCUAUGA